AUGAGUGAAGUAACAAGGUUCGUAACAGAAUGGGGGCCGCGUCCUAGACGGGUGUGCUACAUCCUGGCGCUAUGCUUAUGUAUUGUGCUGGUUGGGUGCUCUCGGAUCGCGACACCGCAGGGCUGGUCUGCUGGAAACGUCUCCGGUGACAACCUCUUCAUCGGAACAAUGGAGGGGGAGAUACUCGCUGUACAGAAGGAGACAGGGGAUCUGACCUGGAGGCGGCAGCUGCCCACUUUGGAAGACUCCGAUCGGGCCGUUUAUGGGCGUCCGGCAGUCACGGACAGCACGGUCUUCGUUGGCGGAUACGACGGCAGCCUCUAUGCCUAUGACAAGAACGAUGGCGACCUGAUGUGGCAGGAGCCUCUGUCCGGCAGAAUUGUCGGUGGCCCAACCGUCUACGGCGAUCACGUUCUCGUCGGCUCAGGUAGCGUAUCUUCGUCGGACGGAUCGAAUGGCGCGCUCUACGCAAUAGACAUGACCACAAACGACCCUGACUGGACGUACCAGACCGACGGCCCGAUCUGGUCGUCUCCGACCGUGCAUGACGGCGUCGUGUACGUCGGGUCCCUCGACCACAAUGUGUACGCUGUCAGUCUGGAAGACGGCGCGGAGAUGUGGCGAUUCACCUCUGGUGGGGCGGUAGGCUCUGGCCUUGCUGUCGCUGGCGGGCUUGUAAUUUUCGGUGGUUUCGACAGCACCCUGUAUGCACUGAACAUGAAGACAGGCGAUCUUGUAUGGCGUUUCGAUGGCGCCUCGGGCUGGUAUUGGGCCAAGCCCCUAGUUUUGGAUGACGUAGUUUACGCCCCGUCUCUCGAUGGUGCCCUGUACGCGAUUGACGCGACAACCGGCGACCUGACUUGGGUGUUCGACACCGAGGGCGGACAGAUCGUCGGCAGUCCGGUGACUAUCAACGGCAUGUUAGCCGUUCCGGUCGCCGACGGCGGGGACUCCCGCAUCGCGCUUCUUGAACCUAAUGGCAGCUUUCUAGCUGCGUGUCGCAUAGGCGAGGAUGUGCGUACCUCACUUGAGGGGGAUGGUGACCUGAUAUACUUUGGAGCGACAGACAGUACUAUCGGGGCACUCCGUAUCAAGGGAAAUGGCAAUCCUGACGAAGAGUGGGUCUUCGUCACCAACGCCGAUGAUCCGCACCCCAGCGGUAGGCCGAAGAAGUGCUAA